GUGAUCACGAUGAGUUGACAAUGUCUCAGCUACGUUCACGGAGGUUAGUCAGCAGUUUAAGGUUAGCGUUGGUACGAUGCGCAAAGGCGGUUACCGUUUUGCGUCUGCUGUGUGAUUAGAACAAACGGUUACGCUUGAUCGGGAGGGGAGGUUUGUUUUAUUACAAUGUUCAAUCGUGACGUCAUCAUUUUUUUUACAUCAAAUGUACACAUGUAAGUGUAUGCCAAAAAGCAAUAAAAAAACUAUACUUAAGUGCGUGGAAGUAACAAAAAAACACAUACACAAGUACACACAGAUGAAGCAGUGUGAUGAAGAGUAAAGUGGCAGCAUCCAAAGUAGGCAGACAAGGAUUGUGAUUGAACAAGCGUAGUGUGUACGUGAUUAGAAAAGCUGUUGCGAUCGUAGAUGCCGGCUUGAAUGUCUACUGUAUACGCAGCCGGAAUGAGCCAACCGCACCACACUUAGUCGUUUUGCGCAUCCCGCAACGCACAGUUCACCGUCGUCGUUGUCGUCGUCGUUGUUUUCGUGGCCGGUUCGCGCGUUUUUUUGUUCAUCCAAAAAUCAUCCAAAGCUCUCUCAGGUCGUGCGAAAGUGAUAAGAAAGGGCGAACAGUUUGUAUGGUUUUUUUUAUUGUGGAAGUUUAACAGUGGAAACGCAGCUGGUUUUGUUUUAAAACGUUGGAUCUAUCCCGCGCUUAGUGUUUGUGAGCUUUUCGUGAUUGUCCUGAACCAUUUGCCGAGAUCUACCAUACCGAAUUCAACCAAAAACCGUGUCACCGUACGUGUGGUGGGCCCAUCUGCGAAGGCCACGCGGUUAAUUCCCGAGCCAUAAAAAAAUACAGAUUUUGCAGUAAGUCGGCACAGGUAGAAGAAGGUGGUCUAUAACGUGGUUAGAACCACUGCACAAGUAGGACAUCAUGCCUGGAGAAGAGAAUGGUAAGGUUCCGUCGGUGACGGGACCAACUGGUCGCAUCCUACCCGCCGAUAGCUAUACCUCAACCGAUCCAACCGUACCGGUAAAGCUACGCAUUGCCAAGGAAGGUUUAGCUUCGCUCGAUCCACUCUCCGUCCCGGACCUGAUGAACCGAACUGUGCGCGACCACCCGAACCAUCCGGCGAUGGUGUUCCAAAAUGCCCAAAAACAGUGGCAAACGGUCACUUACAGCGAGUAUCGCACCCGUGUCCAUCAUAUGGCGAAGGUGUUCAUCAAACUCGGCCUCGAACCGCAUCAUACAGUGGCUGUGCUGGCGUUCAAUAGUCCGGAAUGGUUCGUUUCCGAGCUUUCGGCGAUUCAUGCAGGUGGCAUUAUUACCGGCGUAUACACAACUAACUCGGCCGAAUCGGUUCAACAUGUGCUGGAAAGCUCCCGUGCCCAGAUCGUGGUGGUGGACGAUGCGAAGCAAAUGGAGAAAAUCUGUUCUAUUCGUCAGAACCUGCCGAACCUGAAAACAGUCAUUCAAACGAUGCCACCGUACGCACCGUACGUCAAGCGGGAGGAUGGCUACUAUCGCUGGUCGGAAUUGGAAGAAAUGAACGUAGACGAUGUGGAGGAAGAAUUUAACAAUCGUCUCGCGAACAUAGCCAUCAAUCAAUGUUGCUGCCUGGUUUAUACGUCUGGUACGGUCGGUAAUCCAAAGGGCGUUAUGCUGAGCCACGACAACUUUACGUGGGACUCGUACGCGAUUGGCAAGCGGCUCCAUCAAAUUCGUUACGCCGAGGAGGUGCUCGUAUCCUUCCUACCCCUAAGCCACGUUGCCGCCCAGAUGGUAGACAUCUUCCUAACGCUGCAGUUCGCCUGCACCGUGUACUUUGCCGAUAAGGAUGCAAUGAAGGGUACGCUACUGAACACGCUGCAGGAAGCAAAACCGACCCGUAUGCUAGCGGUACCCCGGGUGUACGAGAAGAUCCAGGAAAAGAUGCUCGCGAUCGGAGCCCAGAGUGGUGCGGCCAAGAAGUUGGUGGCUGGUUGGGCAAAGAGCGUAACGCUGCAGCAUCAUCUGGACGCGAUGGAAGGAAAACCAACAAACUCGUGGCAAUAUCGUCUGGUGAAGAACUACAUCCUGUCGAAGGUGAAAGACGCGCUGGGAUUCAGUCGUUGCGUAACGUUGGCAACAGCGGCCGCCCCUAUGGACCGUGAAACGAAAAAGUACUUUAUGAGUCUCGAUUUACCGAUCAACGAGGCUUUCGGUAUGUCAGAAACGUCCGGUGCACAUUCGUUGACUGCUCCGGAUAGCUAUAACUUCGAUACGAUCGGUAAACCACUCGGUGGUUGCGAGACGAAAAUUGAUAAACCGGACGAGAAAGGACAUGGUGAAAUUUGCAUGCGGGGCCGCCACAUACUGAUGGGAUACAUAGGAGAGGAAGGAAAAACUCACGAAGCCGUGGACGAGGACGGAUGGUUACAUUCGGGCGAUGUAGGAUAUGUUGAUGAGUCCGGUUUCAUGUACAUUACGGGACGCAUCAAGGAACUUAUUAUCACCGCAGGCGGUGAAAACAUCCCGCCAGUGCACGUGGAGAAUCUCGUCAAGAAUGAGCUACCGUACGUGAGCAAUGCGUUCCUCGUGGGUGAUAAGCGUAAAUUCCUUACGAUGUUGAUAACGCUCAAAACGCAAAUGAACCUCGAUACCGGUGCACCAAAGGAUGAACUAACGCCGGAGACGAUCAUCGCACUGAAGGAACUAGGCGUCGAGUAUAGCAAACUGAGCGAAAUUCAUGCAGCUGGUCCCUGUCCGAAGGUUUUGAAAGCCAUCCAGGAAGGUAUCGAUCGGGCAAAUGCGAAAGCCAUCUCGAACGCGCAAAAGAUUCAAAAGUUUGCCCUACUAAAGGCCGACUUUUCUGUGCCCGGUGGUGAGCUGGGCCCUACGCUGAAGAUCAAACGUAACGUCGUGGUGGAUAAGAACACGGUCGUUAUUGAAAAGUUCUACUCCUAGAAGAACGAAAUACCCAGGCCAUCGACUCGUAACAUAACUUGUGCAAUUUCUUACGCUACCCGAUUUUGUUUUCGAACGAGAUUAUUUCAUUCCAUUCCUGUGGAGCGAUUCCUGUUUUUUUUUGUUUGUUAGUGAUAAUGUGUUUUCCAAAUUUCCUAUUCCUUUAAACUAUCUUAUAAGUAUCAUAGACAAGACAUACAGUAGCAUUUCCAUUCCGCUUUUUGUUGGAAGGAAAUCGAUGGGACAAGUGCGACACUAUUAUAACUGCGGCACUCGCCGCAAGGUAAGCUACCCGGCGAGAAACAAUGCCCUUUACCCGCUACAUCGUAGCUGAUUGUUUAA